ACGAAUCAUAUUCCGGAUGAAGCUCAUAAUAUUUUUUCCACAUGCCUUUUCUAGCCAAGCUAUCCCCGCACAACAUGCAUUAGAAGAGGUUGGGUGAUUCGUCAAUUUAUUAAGUUGGUGAUUUUCACAGGAUUCAUGGGAUUCAUCAUUGAGCAGUACAUCAAUCCAAUUGUGAAGAAUUCUAAACACCCACUGAAAGGGAAUUUUCUUAAUGCUAUUGAGAGAGUCUUAAAGCUUUCAGUUCCUACUUUAUACGUGUGGCUUUGCAUGUUCUACUGCUUUUUCCAUCUAUGGUUAAACAUUCUUGCAGAGCUCCUUCGGUUUGGUGAUCGGGAGUUCUAUAAAGAUUGGUGGAAUGCAAAGACUAUUGAAGAGUACUGGAGAAUGUGGAACAUGCCUGUUCAUAAGUGGAUGGUUCGUCAUAUAUACUUUCCCUGCAUAAGGAAUGGAUUUUCAAAGGGAGUUGCUAUUCUGAUUUCAUUCUUAAUAUCUGCUGUGUUUCAUGAGUUAUGCAUUGGAAUCCCAUGCCAUACAUUUAAGUUUUGGGCUUUCAUUGGGAUAUUGUUUCAGGUUCCCUUGGGUAUUUUGACACGGUAUCUACAAUAUAAAUUUAAGAGUUCUAUGGUGGGAAAUAUGAUCUUCUGGGUCUUCUUCUGCAUCCUCGGUCAACCCAUGUGCCUACUUCUGUACUACCAUGAUGUGAUGAAUAGAAAAGUGAGAACGGAGUAGUAUGCUUUACAGCUACAACAUACCACAGAAGGUAAAAUUAUUCUAUGCGGAUAUGGAUGGCGUUCAGAGAUGAAUCAAAAUGCGUCAUGUAACUUUUUUGCUGUGUAUCGGGUGAUGUUGCAUGUUCUGAUUUGCCUUCGAACGGUUUGGUGUCUGCAGAGAAUAAUUUCUCGCAUGCAGGUCUACGGGUGUGUGAGGCCCAUGGAUGUGCGCACUUGCACUCAGGCCUACGGGCGUGCGCACAUUUUUUUCUUCUUCUGCAAAAUUUUGCCACUUCGCACUAUUAUGCCAUUACUUACGAUAGUUCACUUUAUGUGUGACAAUAUUUUUAAAUUUGAAUUCAAAAUGAAUGUCAGAAUAAUAUAAUGUUACAGUUAUUAAGCCAUGUAUGUGAUUAUUUUAAAUUUGAAUUCGGAUUUAUACUUUAAUUAUUUCAUAUUCGACUA